CCGCGAUGGCGGCGGCGCCGGUGUAUGUGUACAGCCCGGAGUACGUGGCCCUCUGCGACUCCCUCUGCAAAGUGCCCAAGCGGGCCAGUAUGGUGCAUUCGUUGAUUGAAGCGUAUGCCUUACUUGACCAGAUGAAGAUAGUCAAGCCAAAAGUGGCCUCCAUGGAGGAGAUGGCCAGCUUCCACACAGAUGCCUACUUGCAGCACCUGCAGAAGGUCAGUGAGGAGGGAGAUGAUGACCAUCCGGAGUCCGUGGAAUAUGGACUGGGUUAUGACUGUCCAGCUACUGAAGGGAUCUUUGAGUAUGCGGCAGCUGUGGGAGGAGCCACCAUCACUGCAGCCCAGUGUCUGCUGGAUGGCAAGUGCAAGGUAGCCAUUAACUGGCCUGGAGGGUGGCAUCAUGCAAAGAAAGAUGAAGCUUCUGGCUUCUGUUACCUGAAUGACGCCGUCUUGGGCAUCCUGCGGCUGCGCCAGAAAUUUGACCGUGUCCUUUAUAUCGACUUGGAUUUGCAUCAUGGGGAUGGAGUUGAAGAUGCCUUUAGCUUCACCUCAAAAGUAAUGACUGUUUCUCUGCAUAAGUUCUCACCAGGAUUUUUCCCAGGCACUGGGGAUGUGACAGAUGUUGGCCUGGGGAAAGGUCGCUAUUACAGCGUGAAUGUACCCAUUCAAGAUGGCAUUCAGGAUGAGAGAUAUUACCAGAUCUGUGAAACUGUGCUAAAGGAGGUGUACGCCGUGUUCAACCCGGAUGCAGUUGUGCUGCAGCUGGGGGCAGACACCAUCGCUGGGGAUCCCAUGUGCUCUUUCAACAUGACGCCUGAGGGAGUGGGCAGGUGCCUGAAGUAUGUCCUGCAGUGGCAGCUGGCGACCCUCGUCCUGGGAGGAGGAGGCUACAACCUUGCCAACACAGCUCGCUGCUGGACAUACUUGACUGGGGUCAUCCUUGGGAGAACACUGUCCUCCGAGAUCCCUGAUCACGAGUUCUUCACAGAAUAUGGUCCGGAUUACGUGCUGGAGAUCACACCGAGCUGCAGACCAGACCGCAACGAGCCACAGAGAAUUCAAGAAAUCAUUAACUCCAUCAAAGGGAACCUGAAGCACGUUGUUUAGCAGAAAAGGAAGGUUCAGGGUUCUGCAAGAGCAUUUCCUGUGGGGAGCGUGGUGUGUUUAUGUGAGCAGCUGGUGAAAUUCGUGGCUGUUGGGGAAAUCUGGAAGAAAUGACUGGUGGUUGGUGAUGCUUUUCUCUCCAAAGAAGAAAAGCUGCUAUGCACCAUGGGCACUGUGGCUCAUCCCAGGCAGGAGUCUGGGCCCUAGACCUGCAGGCUUCCAGUGUCUGCAGAGCCUCCCUUGCUCCUUCCUCUUGCCUUCUUCAACA